AUGACAAUAUCAUAUACUGCAGAAGUUUCUACAUCAAAAUUUUUUGUAUUUGCCCACACACUUUUUCGAUGGAAUGGGAGCGUCUGGAAGGCAGUCUUUUUUGAAGUAAUUCUGUGGUGUAUAGGUUAUAUGAUACUGUCAUUAGUUUACCGACUUGCUCUAUCUGAUAGCCAACAGAAGACAUUUGAGCAAGUAACCCUUCUAUGCUAUCAGUAUAUGGAUUUCAUACCAAUAACAUUUAUGAUGGGUUUCUUUGUCAGUCUUGUUGUUACUCGAUGGUGGACAAUGUUCAACCAUAUUGGUUGGAUCGAUAAUUUUGGACUGCUCGUUGCCAGUUAUAUAAGAGGUGUAGAUGAAAAAGGUAGACGGAUUCGGCGCUCAAUUAUUCGAUAUGUUUGCCUCUGUCAGGUUCUGAUAUUUCGCUCAAUUAGUAUCCGAGUUCGCAAACGGUUCCCAACUCUGGAGUCUCUAGAAUUUGCGGGUUAUGUAGAUGAAAAUGAAAGACUGCAGUUGGAAGACUUAAAAUUUUGGAUGCCAAUUCGUUGGGCAAUGCAUCUAAUACGUGACGCAAGAUAUGAAGGACGAAUUACCAUACCUGUGUUACAGUAUCUGGACAAAUUCCGAACAGAUAUUCAGUCGUUAUGGUUCACCGACUGGGUUCCAGUGCCUCUUGUGUAUACCCAGGUUAUCUUUGUUUCUGUAAGGCUUUAUUUUAUCGUUGCCAUGAUUGGUCGGCAGUUCUUGGAUGUGGAACGUCAUACACGUCGAGCACCUAUUGAUAUCUAUGUUCCAUUUAUGACAAUAAUUCAAAUUAUUUGCUAUACUGGUUGGAGUAAAGUCGCUGAAGCUCUAUUGAAUCCUUUUGGUGAAGACGACGACGAUUUUGAGUGUAACUGGAUUAUCGAUAGAAACCUCCAGGUUGGACUUGUGAUUGUCGACGAUAAGCCGGGAGUGGUUCCGCCACUUGUUACUGACAAAUUCUGGAACGAGGCUAACGCUCAGCUGCUUUAUUCCGUUCAAAGUGCAGCAUUACCGCAGAAUCCAAACAUUGGUUCUGCAGCGCUGUUGAUGUAA